AUGGUCAUUCAGCGAGUGAAAAUAUGGCUCAGGUUUACUAUGUCAACUGAACGACUUAAGGAGGUUACAGAUUCUUUAGUAACGAACAUUGACCCUCCAAACAUGGGAAAUACACCUGUCAUAAUAGAGAUGGUUCACUGGGAUGUUUUGGAUGCCAACUGUGAUGAAGAGACUCGACAGGCUGGAGAUGUUGCCUCUCUGACCUCCCUUUAUGAAGUUGUUAAAUUAGCUUACCUACAGCCUGAUGACAAGCUUAUUGAACUUCCCCGAGUGGCAGCUUCUGCAGCCUGGGGCCGUGUUGCUGUUGCACUUGACUCUACAGUAUUUGUAUUUGGUGAAGGAUGCUCAACCCUGUUGAUGAAACUGGCCAUGCAAUCUGUAAUUGAUAUUGCUAUAUGGGUGCCACCUGGAGAUUUUUUGAUUCUGGGAGAUUGUGAGGGAGAUAUUCACUGUGUGCAUAUUGCAUCUCAGCAAGUGCUCAUUACAAAGCGUCUUCCUAUUAACUCAAAUUCUGGCAAGUUGUUUAUUAGAGGUGGAAGUGAACAAGGAUGGGAUGGAAAAGUGUCAGUAACUCUUGUUACAUGUCAUGGACAUGUUGUUGGGAUAAAAAACAUAGACCCUGAGGGGUUAAGUGAAGGUUUGAGGUUGGAAGAAAAAGAACACCUUAAGGCUGUUGCAGAUCAAAUGGCAGUAUCAGUAGAUAAUAUAAACCUUUGUGGUAACCAGCUGCAUACAGGAAGCUGUUUGUUUAGACGUAGGCGUGAGGAAGCAACUUGGGUGUGGGGAAGCACAGGAAAGGAAGUGAUACACUGGAUGUCUUCAAGCCUUCAUGAUCCAUCCACCCCAUUUCUCAAGGAAUUUAAGCAAGAUAUUGAUAUUACCAGGGUUAUUCCAGUAUUUGAUGGCAGGUAUGUUUUGACUCUGGAUGGUGAAGGGAAGCUUGCUGUGCUCUGUGGUGUAACUGGCAUAAUGUUGCAAGAUGAAAUUGAAUGUGAACAUUCUGUUCUUGACAUUGUUUUCCUUGAAGGUGAUGAAGCAACUGCGCAAGUCCUACUUAUUCUUAAAAACAAAGAGAGUCAAGGUUGUAUCCUACGCAUCGUGUCAUUCCCCGGAUUUGCAACCAUAUAUGAGUUGAAUGUCAACGAUGGAACAAGUUUGGUGGAAAUUGGAGAAAGUGCUGAAUCUGUCCUGUUUGUAGAGCCUGAUGUAGAUCCUAAUGACCAUGAAAUUUUUACAAGUCUUAAAGUCAAGAGCAUUGUAGAUGGUAUACCAGAAGCUAGGCUUGCCAAGCUUUUGAGGAGUCGCAAAUUUACUGAAGCAAUGGAGUUUUGCAAAACUUUCAACCUUGAUGUUGAGGAGGUAAACAAGGCACAUGCAAGAUAUCUUUGUGACUUGAUGAAUCCAUGGAGAACAUAUUCUAAUGCUACAUUAAAUGAUGCUGAAUGUGAAGAUCGAACCGAAAAGUUGCUGGAUGCACUUGGAACCAUCCGUGAUGUGGAGUUUGUGACAACAUUGUGUGUUGAGGCACCGUUACCUGACUUAGUGACUACAAAGAAAAUUCUUAAUUACGCAAAGGAAAGGCUUGCAAGUGCAACACAGAGACUGAAAGUGUGGAGGUUGAAAAGUAGUAAGGAGAGAAUGAUGUUAAUGUUUUGCUAUGGGGGUUUAGGAGAGAAGGCGUACAUGGCCUCGGUGUACGGAGGUAUUUUCCUUGUGUCACACAAUGAUGAACGUUUCACAUCUUAG